GGUUUAGCGAAGGUUUUGCCUGAAUGUCGUCCUCAAGGCGAGCUCUAGAACAUUAGUGGAAAUGUAGGACUAUGUCUUAUCAUUGAUUUCCAUUUAGAAAUUUGAAACUACAAAAUGGCAUCCGCAUGUUCGAGUUCUUGGCAGCCCUUCUCAUGGGUCAUGAACAACGGAAAUCGAAAUGGUCAACAUCUUCAUACAACGAGCCAUAGAAAAGGUCCUCCUCGUUCUCCUCCGACGUUCCUCCCGACCCAUGACGACGUGAUAUACGAGAACCUGGAAGCUCCUAGAUCGCUCACUAGUGCCAAUCUCCAUCAUAUGAAUCACGUGCCGAACAACUAUCUCGCUUGCUGUUCGGAAUUUGACUGUUGGAGCAAUGGUGACAGCUUGGCUUUGCGGACGUCCAGCUCGUCAUCUGCUUCAAGGAUAUUCGAUACUGGCCGACUAUUUCGAUCCACAAAUGAUCAUACGACUAUUUUUAACGCCAGUCUCAGUCACCAUCAAACUCCUGAUGCAAACGUCGAUGUUGUAGACAGGGGAGGAGGUGGAGGUGUCCACGGAAGUGCUAGUGUAAACGGAGGAAGUGCUACUAGUCUAAACAGAGGAAGUGCUAGUGCUCCUGCUGGUGUAGUCCCAGAUAGAUUUUUCGUGAAUGGUAUCGAUACACGCAGUUUGAAGUCUCGAUGGGCCGACUGCCAACAACUGGAGAAAUGCAGGCUCUUAUCAUCCUCUUCAGUGGGAACCACGGACUCGGUAGUGGCGAGAUAUGAAAGUGGCCACAUUGCGGUUGUGAUGAUGCCGCAGAAGUCUACUCAGUCUCAAAAGGUGAGAGGACACCACGGACAGCAAGAGGAUGACGAAGACGUAGUACACGACCACAGUAUGAUCUUCAGCGGUAAUAGAGACAACGAGCAGAUCAUCAAUGAAGAGGGUGACGAGGAUGAAACAGGAAAUAUGAAUGGAGUUGGCAAGAAGACCUCCAUCUCCACCUCCGCCGAGUCGAACUCCGAGCCUUACUUAUUUACGACCCGAGUUGCGAAUUUACGAGGCAUAGUGACGGAUCCGCAUGGAGAGCAAGCUGGUGCGGCAGUGGCACUCUGCGAUUACGGGAUCGUGGAUAUCGGGGAUUGCGUCUUCUUUCAGCAGCCGAGUUAUAAACAGAGUUCCCUUCGCAUAUCGGACCGCAGUCUCACGGUCCCUAGGUCUGGCUGGCAGGAGGACUUCACGC